AUGACAGAAUUUUUACGAGCAUCCUUUAUUAGUAGUUCAUCUGGUACUGAAAGAUAGACUCAUCCAAAUAAAAUUGAUAAUAGUCUAUUCAGAAAAAAAUUUAAGAAAAAUAGCAAUUAAAUAAAUAACAGUUAAAUACAACAAUUCCGAUCAUUUUAAAAUUGUUCAAGUCCAGAUUCUUCUGAUGAUAAUUAAUAAUAGAAAAUUAAAUCUGCUAUAAUUGAAUCAGAUAUAGAUUAAAAUUUAACUUAUUCAAAACAAUCUCCAAUUCCAACAUUAUAAAUUGACAUUCAAAAAAAUGGUAAUUCUAAAUAGAAAAUACCUUUACAACCCAUAUCCAUGUCAAAAUCCAAAUCCAAAUCACCAUAACAAUAAAAAUAAUAAAUUCAAUUACUCACACUCUAAUUUGAUCUAAAAUAUAGAACUAUAAAAUUACCUGUAUUUCUAGAGGAUACAUCUUUCACAUUGACACAUAAAUUAUUAUAAGAAUUAAGUAUAUAAACAACAUCUACUAUUAUUUCAAAAACUGCUGAUAUCAUUUAAUAAACAAUAGAAAUGUAUAUGACAAGAUUAUAUGAUUGGAUCAAUUAUAAUAGAUUAGGUAAAAUUGAUAGUGCCUUAUGGAAAGCAUAAGCUUAUAAAAAUAAUAGUUUUCUACAAGAUUUAGAAGAUGAUAUGUAAGUAGAUUUAUUAUCUGAAUAUCAAUUAAUAGAUAAAAGUUGUACAAUAGGAAAGAUUAAAUUAUAUUAAUCUGGUUAAUAUAUAGGUGAUAUUGCAGUUUAUAGGAAUUAAGAUCCAUAAGAAUGUAUUCGAAAUUUCUAUUAUUCUACUGGAUUACAUUAUGAUGAAUAGAAAUUCAAUAGACUUGUAAAUGAAGUCAUUUAGAUUUAAUUAUUGAGUGGUGAAAGUAUAGAUGAAAAAUAUACAAAGGAUGAAAUUGUAACUACUGUUAAAGUGAGUCAUGAUAAAAUUGUGAAAGUGAAUGCUAAAAGAGUUUGUAAAAAUAAAAUAUAUAAUAUUUUAGAAUUAGAAUCUGGAUAAAAUUAUGAUCAAAUUAAGUGUUAAUCAUAAAUUAACACCUUAAUAGGCUAUGAAAGUAAAAGAUUAAAUAUAGAAAAGUUUUUACAUAUGA